AUGCUACUUUCCCAACCCAACCCAUCUCAUUCAAAACAGUAUCCUGCUGCUGCUACUGCAGGCCAUCAUCAUCUUCAUCUUCGUCUUCAUGUUCCCUCCAGAAAAUUAUAUGCAUCCAGCAGCAGCAGCAGCAAUCAGAAUAAUCCCAGCAGCAGCAGCAGGAUCAGGCGCCUGGUGCUCACCCAAGAAGGCAGAGCAAAGUUCAACAACUACCCAGACAGGGACUUCUACGCCUCCCCACGAUUCGUGGCCCAUGUCGACAACACUUUCAUCUCCACACUCACCAAUCUUUACCGGCAGAUACUGCGACCAGAAAUGGAGGUUCUUGAUCUCAUGAGCUCCUGGAUCAGCCACCUCCCUCCAGAGGUUAAGUACAAGAAAGUAGUCGGACAUGGACUUAAUGCCCAGGAGCUCGGGCGUAAUCCCCGCCUCGAUCACUUUUUCGUCAAGGAUCUUAAUAAGGACCAACAAUUUGAACUCAAGGAUGACAGUUUCGACGCUGUUUUAUGUACUGUCAGUGUGCAGUAUCUUCAGUACCCUGAAAAGGUGUUUGCUGAGGUUUUCCGGGUGCUCAGGCCUGGAGGAGUCUUCAUUGUCAGCUUCAGCAACAGGAUGUUCUAUGAGAAGGCAAUUGCCGCCUGGAGAGACAGGACUGGUUAUGGCCGGGUGCAGCUGGUCGUUGAGUACUUCCAGUGUGUGGAGGGUUUCAGUCAGCCACAGGUUAUUCGAAAACCACAAAACACUACAGAGAAAAAUCAGGCACCGGGUUGGAUAACAGGGCUGCUCGGGUUGUUCUCGGGCUCAGAUCCAUUUUAUGCAGUGGUAGCUUACAAGAACUUCAAACCUAUAUAUGAAUAGAAGCUCGAUUUUUGCAGCUCUUUCUGCACUGAUCCGCCUCUGAUUCAGGGCUUGUUUCAUCACAGUUAGGAAGAAUAUCGAUAAUUAUAACUUAUUGUCUACAAUGAAAGCUUCAAAAUAAGCACACUAUUGGUCUCUUUCCUAAAAA